AUGCUCAGCACACACGUCCACCAAAUUUUGUGUGUUCUAUCAUCUACGUGCUUGCCUGAAAUGGAUGUCUUUAUUGGUGCUGGAGUGGAUGGAUGGGUGUGGACAGCUCCUCUGUUGAACCUUGGUUCUAUGGAGAUGGCAACUCCUGAGAUGGCAUACGGUGUGCCCAUCAUGAGCAUCGUAGGGGAUGCCUUUUGUGUCCCUUGUCCUGUGGAGUUGAUCAUCAAGAAGAAGUGUCGCGAACUCUUUGAAGUACACUUCGAAGUACUAUAUGUUAAUGGAGAUUUUUUCCUACAAGUUGGUGGCUCCUGCAAGAACUUCCAGAAGAAAAGAAUCAUGCGAGAUCCUGCUGCUUUUCCUAACCUCACAAUGCGCGAAAAGAAAGUUCAUCGAGGAGAAAGCUCAGACAGGACUGCUCUCGUCUUCAGCGUACAACGAUCUCAUGCACUUCAGAUGAAAUCAAGGCUUGAUAUCUUCUUAGCUAACAACAUCAACGAAGAUAUCAGCAACUUUCAGGUUGUUGGCUGUUACUCCUCUCAGUCCUGCAAAGUUUACAGAGGCGACGCCAUGAUUGCAGAGUUCGCUUUUUUCAAAGCAAGAACUAGCAUACAGGUGAAUAACAAAUUCUCAUUAGGAAAAUUCUGCGAAGGUAAAGAUGACUUCAGGGUAAAAGUUUAUCCAGGAGUGGACUAUGCCUUCAUAUUGGCGUUGAUGGUAGUCCUUAACGAGAACGACAUAGCUUGA